AUGGAGACAUAUGAGAGUCCCUCUCCUCUCCCGCGUGAGCCCGCAGGAGAAGCAGUGAUGGAGAACCGAGCUUGCCCCCUCCAAGCGCUGCCCCGUGAACAGUCUCCACCACCUCCCCUGCAAACGUCCAGUGAUGCAGAGGUAAUGGACGUUGGCUCUGGUGGUGAUGGACAGGCCGAAUCCCCUGCUGAGGACCCGCUCAACUUCUACGGAGCUUCUCUUCUCUCCAAAGGAUCCUACUCUAAGGCCCGCCUACUCAUAGACCCGAACUGUAGUGGCCACAGCCCGCGCACCGCCCGGCACGCACCUGCGGUCCGGAAGUUCUCCCCUGACCUUAAGUUGCUUAAGGAUGUAAAGAUUAGCGUGAGCUUUACCGAGAGCUGCAGGAGUAAGGACAGGAAGGUGCUGUACACAGGAGUGGAGCGCGACGCUCGCGCAGAUUGCGGUCUGGCCCUUAGCCCUGUCAGUGGAGACGUGCAUGCUUGUCCUUUUGGCGGGAGUGUUGGGAACGGGGUAGGCGUAGGGGGUGAGAGUGCUGAUAAGAAGGAUGAGGAGAAUGAGCUGGAUCAGGAAAAGAGAGUGGAGUACGCAGUGCUCGAUGAGUUAGAAGAUUUUACUGACAAUUUGGAGCUAGAUGAAGAAGGAGCAGGCGGGUUCACGGCUAAAGCAAUCGUGCAGAGAGACAGAGUGGAUGAAGAGGCCUUGAACUUCUCCUAUGAGGAUGAUUUUGACAACGAUGUCGAUGCUUUGCUGGAAGAGGGCCUUUGUGCUCCCAAAAAGAGGCGAAUGGAAGAGAAAUAUGGAGGAGACAGUGACCAUCCGUCUGAUGGAGAGACAAGUGUGCAGCCAAUGAUGACCAAGAUUAAAACAGUGCUAAAAAGUCGUGGCCGUCCUCCUACGGAACCGUUGCCUGAUGGAUGGAUCAUGACAUUCCAUAACUCUGGAGUCCCCGUGUACCUACACAGAGAGUCUCGGGUGGUCACCUGGUCCAGGCCGUACUUCCUGGGAACGGGAAGCAUACGGAAACAUGAUCCUCCUCUGAGUAGCAUUCCCUGUCUGCAUUAUAAGAAAAUGAAGGAUAAUGAGGAAAGAGAGCAAAGCAGUGAGCUUGCCCCCAGUGGGGAAGUGUCCCCUGUCAAGCCGCUGAGCCGAUCUGCAGAGCUGGAGUUCCCCCUGGAAGAGCCUGACUCCAUGGGAGCUGACUCAGGGCCCCCUGAUGAGAAGGACCCGCUGGGGGCUGAGGCUGCCCCUGGGGCCCUGGGGCAGGUGAAGGCAAAGGUCGAGGUGUGCAAGGAUGAAUCAGUUGAUCUUGAGGAAUUUCGGAGCUACUUGGAAAAGCGUUUUGACUUUGAGCAAGUCACUGUGAAGAAAUUCAGGACUUGGGCUGAGCGGCGGCAGUUUAACCGAGAAAUGAAACGGAAACAGGCAGAGUCUGAGAGGCCCAUCUUGCCAGCCAAUCAAAAACUCAUCACUCUGUCUGUGCAGGAUGCACCCACAAAGAAAGAGUUUGUCAUUAACCCCAACGGGAAGUCCGAGGUCUGCAUCCUGCACGAGUACAUGCAGCGAGUUCUCAAGGUCCGCCCUGUUUAUAAUUUCUUUGAAUGUGAGAACCCAAGUGAGCCUUUUGGUGCCUCGGUGACCAUUGAUGGUGUGACCUAUGGAUCCGGAACUGCAAGCAGCAAAAAACUUGCGAAGAAUAAAGCUGCCCGAGCUACGCUGGAGAUCCUUAUCCCUGACUUUGUCAAACAAACCUCUGAGGAAAAGCCCAAAGACAGUGAAGAGCUUGAGUAUUUUAACCACAUCAGUAUCGAGGACUCACGGGUCUACGAGCUGACCAGCAAGGCCGGACUGUUGUCUCCCUAUCAAAUCCUUCACGAGUGCCUUAAAAGAAACCAUGGAAUGGGUGAUACAUCCAUCAAGUUUGAAGUGGUUCCUGGUAAAAACCAGAAGAGUGAAUAUGUCAUGGCGUGCGGCAAACACACAGUGCGCGGCUGGUGUAAGAAUAAGAGAGUUGGAAAACAGUUAGCCUCUCAGAAAAUCCUUCAGCUGCUGCAUCCACAUGUCAAGAAUUGGGGGUCUUUAUUGCGCAUGUAUGGUCGCGAAAGCAGCAAGAUGGUCAAGCAGGAGACCUCGGACAAAAGUGUGAUUGAGCUGCAGCAAUAUGCCAAGAAGAACAAGCCAAACCUGCACAUCCUGAGCAAACUACAGGAGGAGAUGAAGAGGCUUGCUGAGGAGAGGGAGGAGACACGAAAGAAACCCAAGAUGUCUAUUGUGGCGUCUGCCCAGCCUGGUGGCGAGCCCCUGUGCACUGUGGACGUAUGA